AUGAAGCUAAAGCAACGACUCGCGCUAGCCACUUUUUGUGGAAUAGUAUUCUUUGUAAUCAAGCCGCUGAUUGAACCCGAGGAGGGCGAGUGGCAUCCACGACACCGUCGCCACCACCGCCUCGUUCACCGCGCAGAUUAUGACAGCUUGGCUGACAGAAAAUCGCAGGGUUUUGCGGGUUCGCAGCUACACGGGCCGAACUUUGAGCGACACAAGAAUGCUAUCAGAGAAUACCACAUGGAAAACGGAGGAGGUGAAGAUCAGCUUUUAAGAAGGGAACAUCCUGUCGCUCCAGCCAAUCCUGUCAUUCCCGCCGCUCCUGUCGCCCCUGUAGCUCAAGAACCCGUACCUUUUGUUCAGCAACAGCCGCCAAAACCCGUAGAACCGGUCGCCCCAGUCGCUCCUCAAGUUCCACUAGCUUCCGUAGCCCCGGCCGCUCCCGUUGUUCCUGCUCAAGAACAACAACCUGCAGCUAUCGCUCCAGUUGUUCCUCAAAUACCCCAAGAGCCAGUUGCACCGAAGCAAGAAAUAUCUGCAGUGUCAGUAGAUAGUAGCGACAAAAAUUUCCCAUCACUAAAAAUAGAAUCCAACGUCGACCAAGACGCGAUCGACUCUGAAAUCAGUCGCAUCGUGUUGAACUCAGAGAAGCCUGCGAUGAAAACGAACGCCUGGGAAGUGGCGAGAAAUUGGAUUCGCCCGCGACUCAUCUAUCCACAGAAUCACCCCCAAUUGGGAUGGAUUCUCAACCAUGCAGCAACUGUAAAAAUCAAGAAAGCAGAUAUUCUGCCUAAGGGAACCCAGCUAAAGAUGCUCGUGUAUCUCGAAGGCAACCAAAAAGCUGUGUUCAAGCCAAAACGAUACGAACGGGACUUUCAAGUGCCCGGAAAAGCCUGGAAUGGAUACGAUAGACACAAUGCCGAAAUCGCUUCGUUUCAUUUGGACCGAAUCCUUAACUUCCGAAGAGCGCCACUUGUGACCGGGCGAGUUGUUGACUUUACCGAGGAAAUAAAGCCCGUGGCGGCGGAAAGACUCUCCAAUACUUUCAAAGAAGUCGAAGGAAAGUCCUGCUUCUACGGCGUUUGCUACUACUGCAACGAAAAUGAAUAUGCAUGCGCUGAUGAAAACGGAAAGCUCGAAGGAAGUCUUACUCUUUGGUUCCCAGAAGACAAGAAGCUCGAGAAAAUCCGCCAUCCUUACCAAAGAACUUAUAAUGACGAGAAACAAGCGAAAUGGGAAACUGAUGAAGAGUAUUGCAACAAAUAUGUGAAGAAGAUCGAGCCAUACAAUAAGGGACCUCGUCUUUUGGACAUCAUGGACACGUCAGUCUUCGACUUUUUCAUCGGCAAUGGAGACAGACAUCACUACGAAAUAUUCAAAGACACGCCCGACGCAAUGCUGCUCCUUUUAGAUAAUGCAAACGCCGCUCCGCCAAUGCUGCCUAUUGCGACAGUCUACAUUCGACCGCUUGGUGUUUUUGCGAAAUGGACUUUUGACGAAGUUUCUGGUCGAGGCGAUGAAAACGAUCCCAUUGCGCCUGUACUUCAUAAGUCGCAUAUUGAAGCGAUCAAUCGACGAAUGCCGAUUAUUUUCCAGACGAUUCAAUCAUGUGUAAAUAAGCACGGUAAAGAAAAUGUCAUCAUGGAAGUUUGGAAAGGGCAAGAAUAA